AUGUUUGUCGUACUAUGUUCCAGACUUCUUCCAGACCGUGUGAUAGAGCCUUUGGUUCCAGUGCGCGUCACUCCUCCUCUAGAAGUCCCAAAACCUUUCCAGCUUAGCGAUUUUGCCACUAAGCAUACUCAUCAACAACACUCCACAAGCUUCAGGCCAUACAAAUGGCAUAUGGUAAUGGCUUCAGACGAUGAAAAUUUCCUGGACGCUACUAUUCGGAAUAGUGGCUCGAAUGUUCCGCGCAUAGAAAUUUUGGCAGACGAAAUCGCUGGAUUUGUGUCAGCCAGCCGACCCGCCAAAAGGAAGCGUGACAAAAUGGUUAUCCAAGACAAGUGGAAUCUACAGGAUCCCUCACAGGCCGCCACGAACGAAAAUCAUGAUGAUAACGCCAAGUUUUCAAGGCACUGGAAGCCACCACAGGGUAUUAUCACAGACAAGGACCUUGAAGAGAUUCAUGCAAGCCUUGGUUCAAGCAAUACGAAGAUUAAGGAACUGAGAAAACGCAAGGCGGUGCGCGAGAUCGCUUUACGGAAACGCAUUGACACAAUAGACCUUACGGAAAAGCACCAACUCGGAGCAGCUUAUCUUCAGCUUACGGGUCAACAAACUCAAAAUCCCUGUAAGGAAUGCAAAGCUGGCAAAGGGCCCUUCGAGUUUUGCGUCUACGGUGAUGGCAACAGGUGUGGCAACUGCUGUUACCGUGGCAGCGGCAACGCUCGCUGCUCUUUUCAGGUAACCGGGAAAGAGAAUACUGAAGCUACCAAUGAGUCCCCACAUCACGCAGACAAAGAUGCUUCGGUACCGGAUACCGAAUCAGUGCCGGACUUGCUCUCUGAACCUGGAAUCGGGAUAGGGCUUGAACAUCAUCCAGAGCCGGAGCCGGAACAUCAGAAGGGCGGACGAGAACUAAGACCACGACCGCCACAGCCACCACGGCCGCCACGGCGCAAUAGAAAACUGCCACAAAGAGAGCAGGAUACUAAAGUGACAGAAACUGCCACAGUUGGCCGAAAUCAACAACCUGACACACCCCUUAGCCCUCCACCCGCAACAACAAUGACAAGAACAACAGCAGCAGCAGCAGCAGCAGCAGCAGCAACAACAAGGCAAGAACUACCAUCAGAUGUUCACGAAGCACAACUCCCUGCUGCCGUAGGAUCAGUGGUUAACGUACAAACUUCCCGCGAACGAUGCGAAUGCAGGCCGAGAGACACCCGCCCCGAAGGACAGCAGCAAAGCGAUGACACCACGGGCCUACAGGGUACCAAAACCAAAGACAGAUACGAACAUACAGCAUACGGUGAAAGGGACAGAACCGAGUCCAGAGUAAGGGACAUGGUGGAUACCGCCAGAGAUAGGUACAUGGAGAGGGAGAGGGGGAGGACGCGAAUCGCCAACGACCGCUCUUACUCUACCGGUAGUCCUAGCCCCGGUCCUCCCAAUUCUAUCCUCGCCUGUCUUCCCCCCAACACUCCAGUAGAAAUCAUGCGUUGCCUAGCGCAACAUUACCAAAAUCAAGCGGAUGAAUUGCGGCUUGAACAUAUGAGCCUUUCAAGGAACAGGUCGGCGAUGGCAUUGUGGCAAGGUGAAAAGCGACAGGACACUGGCAAGGAAAAAGAUACAAGAGCGUUUGGCAGGGCUGCCGUUAGUGAUGAUGCGGGCCCUUUUUCCAUUCUCGCAUGUCUCGGAGAUUCUCCUAUGGAGACGCUGCGGCGCCUAGGACUGCAUUAUCAGUUUCAGGCGGAUGAGUUGAGGCUGGAGUGCGUGAGGAUUGACAGGGAGGAGAGAACGAGGAGACAACAGGAGCGCGAGAGGGAGUGGGAGCGGGAAAGAGGAGGAAGAGAAGAUGGCGGCUGGACUGAUAAUUAAAGCGGUGUUGCUCGUCGCGACACUGAUCUAUUAGUAUCUACAGGAUGGUUGAAGGAGUGGGAGUACACUACGAUAUACGAGUGGUUGAGGAGUGGACAGAAGUUACCUACUUGCCUUUUUGACGGGAAUCGAAUGUACGUUACGAGCACGCAGUCCAAUGCUGGUUUGUUUGCUACAGCCAGCUAACUCGAGACCUCUGGUCAACUUGUCCAUGCGUUCCAAUGAGAAGUUGACGCGAUUGCGAUGAUAGGGGGUGAGAGUUAGUAUAAUAUGUCGAGCUUCACAUUAAUAAUGUGUUACCGAAU